AAAUAAAAACAAAAACUGGGCAUUCACUUUUCUUGGCUUGCAUUGCUCAAGAACCAAUUGUUCUUCCUUGAUCAAACAGACCCAUUUCCCAGCAUUGGGUUUCUGAUUCUGAUCGAUCUUGAUACAUUCCCAGAAGUGCCCAGAGGAAAGAAGAGGGCGUGAUUCUCGAUGUGCAAUGCUCUGCGAUGAUGAUCUACCGACUCUCAUAAGAUGAGGGGUUUCUUCAUCAAUGGCGGAGAGAAAUGCGCACUCCAUGGGAACAUUCGGUAAGAAAUGGAUGUUAGGGUUGUUCAUCUUCACCUCGAUUCUGUUCAUAUUCUCUUGGUUUUUCGUGCUGCGAUCCACCCAUAGGCCUCUCUCCGUCGACCUAACCCUUUUGUCCCCUGUUGACCCAAUUCGAGGUUAUGAUAGAUCGCCUUCCUCCUCCUCCUCCUCUAGCAAUUACAGUCUUAAGCCAGUCCUUAAAGUCUACAUGUACAAUUUACCCCCAGAAUUUCACUUUGGGCUCUUAGGUUGGAAGCCUGAUGGUAAUAAUAAGAACAGUGUUUGGCCGGAUAUUAGAACACAGGUCCCCGAAUAUCCCGGCGGGUUGAAUGUGCAACAUAGCAUAGAGUAUUGGCUCACAUUGGAUCUCUUGAAUUCCCAAUUCCUUGCUGACACAAGCGGUCGAUCUGCCUUGAGGGUGACAGAUUCAAAGGAAGCAGAUGUUGUUUUCGUCCCAUUCUUUUCGUCGAUUUGCUACAACCGGUUCUCGAAAUCGAAUUCGCCGCGUAGGAAAAUGAGCAUGAACUCUUUGCUGCAAGAGAAACUGGUGACUUUCUUGACUGCUCAAGAAGAAUGGAAGAGAUCCGGCGGGAAGGACCAUAUCGUCCUUGCCCACCACCCGAACAGCUUGAUAGAUGCAAGGUCGAAGCUUUGGCCCGCAAUUUUCAUUCUGUCUGACUUUGGAAGGUAUCCUCCCUCUGUGGCUAAUGUUGAGAAAGACAUUAUUGCCCCUUACAAGCAUGUCGUGCGGAACUAUGUGAACGAUACGUCCGAUUUUGAUAGCCGUCCUACUCUGCUAUACUUCCAGGGAGCCAUAUAUAGAAAAGAUGGUGGAUUUAUCCGGCAAGAGUUGUUCUACAUGCUGAAAGACGAGAAAGACGUGCACUUCUCAUUUGGGAACAUUCAGAAAGAUGGCAUACGGCAAGCGACGCGCGGGAUGCAGUCCUCUAAGUUUUGCCUCAACAUUGCAGGGGACACUCCCUCUUCGAACCGCCUCUUUGAUGCCAUUGCCAGCCACUGUGUCCCAGUCAUCAUCAGCGACGACAUUGAGCUUCCCUACGAAGAUGUGAUCGACUACUCCCAGUUUUGUGUCUUUGUCAGAACGUCCGAUGCCCUCAAACAGAAUUUUCUCCUCAACUUCAUAAGGGGCAUCACAAGAGAGGAGUGGACUAAGAUGUGGAGGAAGCUGAAGGAGGUGGAGAAUGUGUUCGAGUACAGGUACCCUUCAAAGGAGGGCGAUGCCGUCCAGAUGGUCUGGCAGGCAAUCGCCCGUAAGGUAGCUGCCCUUAAGUUGAAGGUACAUAGAGCCCGGAGGUAUUACCGGACUCCUGAGGUGGAGGACGGAGAGCGUAAUUUUGCUCCUAUCCCGAAAACUUUUUGGUGAGAAGGAAAGAAAUUUGAUUGCUAGGUGAUGAGUUGUUGCUGUUAAGCUGAAUAGGAAGGGAUGACUGUUUGGUGUUAUCAAUUCAUUCAUUCAUUAGUUUACUUGUUGCUUUUGUUUAUUUCCAUUUUUAGACUUAGCUUCCAGUUUUAGGCCUGUCGAUCUUUGUUUGAUAUGGAGAGUUAUGAGAUUAAUAGUUGAAGGGUAGGAUGGUACAUUUGAUAUAGUUUUUCAAUUUUUCAUAUUCCCACAGCAAGAGCUGAAAUG